AUGGAGAAGCAGCAGCAGCUCCGUUCCUCAUGCAAGAAGUGCAGCAACAGAUGCCCUGUACCUUUCCUUGGCUGUGCUCUUGUGGUGGUGCUGCUGUUCUCCAUGGCCUCUCCAGCCAGUUCUUGCACCGAGCAGGAGAAGGGCUCCCUCCUGCAGUUUCAUGCUGGGCUGUCACAGGACGGCGGCCUCUCGGCGUCAUGGAAGCAAAACAGCACCGACUGCUGCGUAUGGGAAGGGGUCACAUGUGGCGCGGAUGGGACAGUCACCGAUGUCUCGGUGGCUUCCAAGGGCCUUGAGGGGCACGUCUCGCCGUCCCUGGGCAACCUCGCCGGACUGCUGCGCCUCAACCUGUCCCACAACUCACUCUCUGGUGGCCUACCACUGGAGCUGGUGUUGUCCAGCAGCAUCAUCGUCCUCGACGUCAGCUUCAACCGCCUGAAGGAAGACAUGCAAGAGGUGUCGUCUUUAACCUCUGUCCAGCCUCUGCAGGUACUGAACAUCUCGAGCAACCUGUUUACAGGCCAGUUUCCAUCGUCCACCACGUGGGGGGUGAUGAGCAAUCUACUCACCCUGAACGCCAGCAACAACAGCUUCACUGGGCAGAUACCAAGCCAUUUCUGCACAGGCUCACCAUCGCUAGCCGUGGUUGCACUCUGUUACAACCAAUUUACAGGCGGCAUCCCUCCUGGACUUGGUAAUUGCUCCAUGCUCAAAGUGCUCAAAGCUGGACACAACAACCUCAGCGGGACUCUACCAAAUGAACUCUUCGACGCUUCCUCCCUAGAGUACCUCUCGCUUCCUCACAAUGGUUUAAAUGGAGUGAUCAAUGGUGCACAAAUAGUCAAGCUCAGAAAUCUGGCUACUCUAGAUCUUGGAAGGAACAAUUUCAGCGGCAAGAUUCCCGACUCAAUUGGUCAGCUCAAGAGAUUAGAGGAGCUCCGUCUGGACAACAACAACAUGUCAGAGGAGCUGCCGUCAGCUCUGAGCAAUUGCACAAAUCUCAUAACAAUUGACCUCAAGAGGAACCAAUUUGAUGGAGAACUUACCAAGGUUAACUUCUCGAGCCUGCUCAAUCUGAAGAGUUUAGAUCUUCUGUACAACAAAUUCACCGGCACAAUUCCAGAAAGCAUAUACUCUUGCACCAAGCUGGCCGCACUGCGCAUAUCUAGCAACAACUUGUAUGGGCAGCUUUCACCAAACAUAGCCAGUUUGAAAGCCCUUACUUUCCUAUCACUUGGUAACAACAAUUUUACGAAUAUCACAAACACGAUUCAGAUACUCAAGAACUAUAGGAACCUCACUUUCUUGCUUAUCGGAGGGACAAACUUUAUGGGUGAAUCCAUGCCAGAAGAUGAAAUAGUUGAUGGUUUUCAGAACCUUCAGGUUCUCUCCAUAGCUGGUUGCUCAUUGUCAGGAAACAUGCCCCUUUGGCUAUCAAAGCUGACAAAGUUGGAGAUUUCUUGCACGGAGCAGGAGAAGGGCUCCCUCCUGCAGUUCCAUGCUGGGCUGUCACAGGACGGCGGCCUCUCAGCGUCAUGGAAGCAAAACAGCACCGACUGCUGCGUGUGGGAAGGGGUCACCUGUGGCGCGGAUGGGACAGUCACCGAUGUCUCAGUGGCUUCCAAGGGCCUUGAGGGGCACGUCUCGCCGUCCCUGGGCAACCUCGCCGGACUGCUGCGCCUCAACCUGUCCCACAACUCACUCUCUGGUGGCCUACCACUGGAGCUGGUGUCGUCCAGCAGCAUCAUAGUCCUCGACGUCAGCUUCAACAGCCUCAAGGAAGACAUGCAAGAGGUGCCAUCUUUAACCUCUGUCCGGCCUCUGCAGGUACUGAACAUCUCGAGCAACCUGUUUACAGGCCGGUUUCCAUCGUCCACCACAUGGGGGGUGAUGAGCAAUCUAGUCAUCCUCAACGCCAGCAACAACAGCUUCACUGGGCAGAUACCAAGCCAUUUCUGCACAGGCUCACCAUCACUGGCCGUGGUUGCACUCUGCUACAACCAAUUUACAGGUGGCAUCCCUCCUGGACUUGGUAAUUGCUCCAUGCUCAGAGUGCUCAAGGCUGGACACAACAACCUCAGCGGGAUUCUACCAAAUGAACUCUUCGAUGCUUCCUCCCUGGAGUACCUCUCCCUUCCUGACAAUGGUUUACAUGGAGUGAUCAAUGGUGCACAAAUAGUCAAGCUCAGAAAUCUCGCUACUCUAGAUCUUGGAGGGAACAAUUUCAGCGGCAAGAUUCCCGACUCAAUUGGUCAGCUCAAGAGAUUAGAGGAGCUCCGUCUGGACAACAACAACAUGUCAGGGGAGCUGCCGUCAGCUCUGAGCAACUGCACAAAUCUCAUAGCAAUUGACCUCAAGAGCAACCACUUUGAUGGAGAACUUACCAAGGUUAACUUCUCGAGCCUGCUCCAUCUGAAGAGUUUAGAUCUUCUGUACAACAAAUUCACCGGCACAAUUCCAGAAAGCAUAUACUCUUGCACCAAGCUGGCCGCACUGCGCAUAUCUGGCAACAACUUGUAUGGGCAGCUUUCACCAAACAUAGCCAGUUUGAAAACCCUUACUUUCCUAUCACUUGGUUUCAACAAUUUUACAAAUAUCACAAAUACGAUUCGGAUACUCAAGAACUGUAGGAACCUCACUUCCUUGCUUAUCGGAGGGACAAACUUUAUGGGUGAAUCCAUGCCAGAAGAUGAAAUAGUUGAUGGUUUUCAGAACCUUCAGGUUCUCUCCAUAGCUGGUUGCUCAUUGUCAGGAAACAUACCCCUUUGGCUAUCAAAGCUGUCAAAGUUGGAGAUGCUGUUUUUGCAAAAUAACCAACUCAGUGGACCAAUACCAGGCUGGAUCAAUAGCCUAAACUUACUUUUCCAUCUAGACAUAUCAAAUAAUAGCCUUACAGGCGAAAUUCCAAGAGCCUUAAUGGAGAUGUCAAUGCUAAAUUCAGAAAAGACAAAGGCACCACGCUUGGACCCAAGAGCCUUUGAGCUGCCUGUUUAUGCAACUCCAUCACGUCAAUAUCGUAUAUCAAGUGCUUUCCCUAAAGUGCUGAAUCUGGGAAACAAUAACUUCACUGGUGUGAUCCCUGAGGAGAUUGGUCAGUUGAACUCACUUGGUAUACUGAACUUCAGCUCCAACAGCUUAUCAGGAGAAAUACCACAGCAGCUCUGCAACCUGACAAAUCUGUGGGUGCUCGACUUGUCUAGCAACAAUCUUACAGGCAUUAUCCCAUCAGCACUGAAGAACCUGCACUUCCUUUCAGCAUUCAACAUUUCCCACAAUGACCUCGAAGGCCCAAUUCCAGAUGGAGUCCAGCUUGGCACAUUCCUAAGUUCUAGCUUUGAAGGGAAUCCAAAGUUGUGUGGCCGUAUUCUCCAUCGCAAUUGUGGUUCAGCAGGAAGAUCGUCAGGCUCUAGAAAACACUGGAGCAAGAAAUCCAUUUUUGCAAUAACAUUUGGUGUGUUCUUUGGUGGAACCGCUGCUCUUUCCAUGCUCGGGUGUCUCUUUGCAACAAUCAAGCACAGGAGCAGCAACAGUGGAGAUGUGGAAGUAUAUUCAAUUGAGACUGGUUCAGAAGAAUCAUUAGUGAUAGUGCCACGAGGAAAGGGAGAAGACAGUAACCUCACAUUCGCUGACAUCGUGAAGUCUACAAAUAACUUUCACCAGGAGAACAUCAUCGGAUGCGGAGGCUAUGGGCUGGUCUAUAGGGCUGAUUUACCUGAUGGCUCUAAGCUGGCCAUCAAGAAGCUUAAUGAUGGUAUGUGUCUGAUGGACAGGGAAUUCACUGCAGAGGUUGAUGCACUCUCAAUGGCACAGCAUGACAACCUUGUACCACUCUGGGGUUAUGGCAUACAGGGAGAUUCAAGAUUCCUCAUAUAUCCUUACAUGGAGAAUGGCAGCCUGGAUGAUUGGCUUCACAACAGCGAUGGUGAUGCCAACUUGUUUCUUGACUGGCCGACACGGCUCAAGAUCGCACAAGGAGCAAGCCGGGGCCUUUCUUAUAUCCAUGGUGUCUGCAAGCCUCACAUUGUCCACCGUGACAUCAAGUCCAGCAACAUCCUGCUUGACAGAGAAUUCAAAGCUUAUGUCGCAGAUUUUGGGCUCUCCAGAUUGAUUGACAGUAAAACCCAUUUCACAACUGAGUUAGUUGGUACUCUGGGCUACAUUCCGCCUGAGUAUGGACAAGGAUGGGUUGCUACACUGAGAGGUGACAUGUACAGUUUUGGCAUGGUCCUGCUUGAGCUGCUGACAGGAAGACGGCCUGUCCUGGUCUUGUCCUCAUCAAAAGAACUCGUCAACUGGGUACAGGAUAUGAUAUCAGAAGGGAAGCAGCUUGAGGUCCUGGAUCCUACACUUCAGGGUAAAGGGUAUGAAGACCAGAUGAUGAAGGUGCUUGAAGCAGCUUGCAAGUGCAUCAGCCGUAAUCCUUGCAUGAGACCAACGAUACAGGAACUAGUCUCCUUCCUGGAGAGUGUAGACGGCAAACUGCAGAUGCAAAAUUCAGUUAAGAUAGAAUGCCGCUACACAUGAUUAUAUUGUAGUCCAGCGCACAUAGCAGAUGUAGGUCCAUACAAUUACUACUGAAAGAUGUUACAGUUAUUUUGACAAAGCUUCUGACAGAUUACCAUUUUUUAAGACUCUGUAAUUGCGCCCC